AGGGGGCAGCUCUGGGUUAAACAGGGAGAGUGCAAGGCUAUUCACUAUGAGCCCUUUAACAGUGUCAAAGCUCCUCUGAGCCUCAGGCGUCCAUGUGAACAUAUCAGAUCCGUGGAGAAGUGCUCACAGGGGCUCGACAACAGCAGCAUAGUCCAGUGAUGUCAUCGAGGUAACACUGGACCACCGACAUGCCUUUGAGAAUGGAUGACAUCAUCCGCUGGAAACAGCUGGGCCCGGAUGCCAACCCAAACGGCACCCUCUUGAAGCAGAACAGACCAUCACCCGUGUUUAACAAUGUACAGUGUUGUGUGCAUGUUUGCUUGGAGGACGAAACCCCCCCUGCAGGAAGAGGAGGAGGAGGAGGAUCACCCUGCUUCAGGAAUAACCUGCAGGCUGCUGGAACCAGUACCUCAGUACCAGUGCAGGUCCAGUCACAGCCUACAGCCUACAGCCUCUGCGAGCCAUCUGCAGCCACACAUCAGCCAGCCUCUUUACCAGACCUCACACGCUCCUUCCACUUUCAGCCUCUGACUGCAGCCUCUGAUGCCCAGCCUCAUACGCAGCCACAGCCUACAGUCUUUGAUAGUCAACUUCAUCUUCCACCUGCAGCUACUGUCUUACUUCACUACCAGCCUCUGCCUACAGCAUUCAGAAUCCAGCCUCAGCAGCUAUCACCUGUCAACUGGAGCCACCUGCAGCUUCUGAUAGCCAGCCAGUGCAGCCACAACAUACAACUAUGUCAGCCAACCACAGCAAAACCCUGCAUGCAGGUCCAGUUAGCCAACUGCAACCCCACCUGCUCCAGCCUUCGCCUAUAG